GUGUGACGCAAACCCUCGUAACGUUAGCAACAACAAAGGAUGAAGAACAAAUGAAGUUACAAACUUGCUUUGUGCUCGUUUGUGACACACGUCCACAUGUGACAGUAGUGUUUAUUUUAAACAUGUUUAGAGUUUGCUGCCUUGCUGUAGUUAUAGCAACGAUGCAAAUGCAUUUAAAGCGGGAAUGAACGAUCCUAUCCAAAGCUACACACUGUGAAGGCGGAAGGUCUGCUGGCCACAUUAACAAUGAUUCGCAUAGCAGCACUGAAUGCUGCCUCGACAGCUGCAGAUGAGUCUGAAGACCCCUUUAGAAGUAGCAAGAGUCGGACAAAAGAGGCUCAGGAAGCCGAGGCAUUUGCUUUAUAUCACAAAGCGUUAGAUCUCCAAAAACAUGACAAGUUUGUGGAAUCUGCCCAGGCCUAUCAUGAGCUUCUCAAAACUCCCCUGCUCAAAGAGGCCAUGCCCUCGGAUGAUCAGAAAGUGGGUCUCAAGCAUCCCGGACUGAUGUUGAAAUAUUCUACUUUUAAAAACUUGGCUACUAUGGCUGCAUUGGGGGAUGACCUGGAGACGGCUAUGGAGUUUUAUUUGGAGGCAGUUAUGUUGGAUUCCACUGAUGUCAACAUGUGGUACAAAAUUGGUCAGGUGGCUGUGCGACUGGUGCGCAUUCCUCUGGCUCGACAUGCCUUCGAGGAGGGAUUGCACUGUAACCCAGACCACUGGCCCUGCCUGGACAACCUCAUAACUAUUCUCUACACACUCAGUGACUACACCUGCUGCUUGUACUUCAUCGCUAAAGCCCUAGAGAGGGAUCAUUGCUACACUAAAGGCCUGGUGUUAAAGGAGAAAAUAUUUAAGGAGCAGCCCUGUCUGAAGAGGGACACGAUGCAGAUGUUCAUGAAAUGUGAUAUGUCUAUUCACUAUGUGGAAGUGGAGAUUGAAGAAAGCAAAUCCAUUGUGGAGGAGGCCCUGGAGUUACGGAAGCGCAGACAGGCUCUCUCUCACUGUGAACCAAAACCCGACCUUGUCCUGGUUCAGCCCAUCCGCUGCCUCUCAUGGAAGCAUGUGGGUGAGGGCCUCCUUGCAAUGUACAGACAUCAGACCACAUGUGAGCCACCUCACCCGAGUCUUGGCCGCAGAAUUGAUUUGUCAGAGUACCGUGACCCAAACUUCCUCCAGAACCUCCCCCAACCCAGCAGCCCUAUCAGUAUGGCCCAGACCACUGUGCUGAGCAGCAGCCCCAGCUCAUCCCUGCCACCAAUGGUCCUCCCUGAACCAGCAGUGAUGCCCCAACCCAGCACUCAACCUCAGAUUACCCCAGCCCAGACCACAGUAGAGGUCACAACUUCUGCUCCCCCAGUCGUGACAGCAAUAGAAGUUUCACUGACAGAUAAAGUGAAGAAAGCCCCGAAAAGGAAACGAGUUGUAGAAGAUAGCGGGGAGACAGCCAAGCGGCGUUCGGCACGUGUUCGAAACACAAAAUGCAAGAAAGAAGAGAAGAUUGAUUUUCAGGAGCUACUUUUUAAAUACCUGCCUUCCAGGCUAAAGAAGUUUGAUCCUGACAAUGAUGAUGAGAGUCUGAGUAAUCUUGACACUCCGUGUGAUGCGAAGGAGGACAUGCAGCCUCUACAUGGGAGUUGCCCGCCUGCCGACUCGGUUGAAUACAUGGAAUCUGAACAACAGGAUGUCCACAACUUCCUGCUCAAUAAUAUGACCAAUGGUGGCAUACUGGAUGUGAUGAUGCGCUAUCUGAAAGCAGUGGGUCAGAAGUUUCUGGUAGAGUGGCCUCGGGGGCUGACUGCUGUGGUUCUGGAGGUCCAUCAGACCUGGAGGAAGCACAGCAGUGGUCUUCCUAACCCUCUGCUCCGGGAUUGCAGCAACCAACACAUUCGGGAAAUGUUGGCCAUGAGCUUAGCGUGUAUGGAGUUGCAGUUGGAGCAAUGGAUACACAACAAAGGGAAGACUUUGUCUCCAAGAAGAAGCAGCAGCAUUUGUCCCAGCAGUGAUGCAGCUGACUCCGAAUUCCCUGGGCAGCACUUCCAGAGUGAUUUGUUACUUCUGGCCUUAGGUUCAUCCCAAAAAGACCUGUUUGAGGAUGACUGGCUGGAUGUCAUGGUGCGCGUCUACUGGCUGAAGGCACGAUUCUUGGCCCUGCAGGGAGACAUGGAGUCGGCCCUGGAGAGCUAUGAUGUCUGUGUUGGCCUGUUGCAGAGCAAACCAAAGACCCCUGAUGGGAAACAUUACACCAUCAGUCUGCCUAACCUUCGGGUAGAUGCAGCAAUCUCUGUGGAGGAGAUUGACAAGAGGCUGAAGUCUCUGGAGCGUUGUCAGUCUUUGGAGGAGAUCCAGCGUCUCUUCGAGUCUGCAGAAUAUGACUCAGUUGUGCGCCUGCUGCAGCCCACUCUUAAUUAUGGCAACCGGAGUAAACCUCUAGAGUUUGUGAGCUCAGCACCAGAGCGGCCUGCUCAGCUGAUGCUACUGCAGAAUGCUCUGUUGAAGCUGGAGGACUACCAGCAAUGUUUUGAGUGCAGCGAGAUGGCUCUGAAUGAAGCCCUGCAGCAGCUCAACUCUGCUGCACACAACUCUCCCCCUAGUAAGGAGGAGUGGGUCAGUACUAUUGGAGAGUUGCUGGAUGGCACCGAGAUCUGCUUCAUCAAAGACUCAGAGCUUCUAAGCAAUGUCCCCCACUUCUCUAGUAUGGCGCGACUGGCAAACAAUCUAAUUCAGCUGAUUGAUUUGAGCAUGAACAUUUCCGACGAUCCCAAGGAGCCUUAUUUCUUCUCGGUUCUGCCUUGGAUCAUCCUGUAUCGCAUUAUCAAACAUGAGGAGGCUGCUUUUAACUGUAUGCUUCGACAGCAUAUUUCUUUAGGGGAUGAUGAAGAUGAGUCAGACACUCCCAUGCUGCCCUCCUCCCUGAUGCUUCUGAACACAGCCCAUGAGUAUCUUGGCCGUCGCUCCAUGUGCUGCAACUCCGAUGGCGCACUCCUCAAGUUCUAUGUUCAAGUUUUGAAAAAAGAGGUUGCAGUGUCUUCCAACAAUGACGCUCAUCCCUACAAAGAGGAGUUGGAAAUGGCCUUGGAGCAGUGCUUUUUCUGCCUCUAUGCCUACCCUAGUAAGAAGAGCAAGGCCCGCUACCUUGAGGACCACUCAUCUCCACAGGUUGAGCUACUCUGGUGUGAUGCGCUCUUUAUGUUCCAGUAUUUCAAACCAAAGUCACUGCCUGAGUUUGACAGCUAUAAGACGAGCACAGUGUCUGCGGAAUUGGCCAAUCUGCUGAGGAGGUUUGCUGGCAUCGCCCCCACGAGUGACACCCCCACUCUCACCAUGGAUGAAGUGGCAGCCUAUAUUGAGGGCAUAAUAGAAAAGGCCCCAUGUCUUCCUGAGGGUAGUGCUCCUGCACCUCCGAUCAUUAAUGAGAUGUACUACCUGCUGGCUGAUUACCAUUUCAAGAACAAGGAGCAGUCCAAAGCCAUCAAGUUCUAUAUGCAUGACAUAUGCGUGUGUCCCAACAGGUUUGACUCCUGGGCCGGUAUGGCUUUAGCUAGGGCCAGUCGUAUUCAGGAAAAGCUCAACUCCAAUGAGCUGAAAAGUGACGUUCCUAUAUGGAAACACUCCCAGGCAGUGCUUAACUGCUUUAAGAGGGCCCUGGAAAUAGACAGCUCCAACCUGUCUCUGUGGAUCGAGUACGGUACCAUUUCAUAUGCGCUGCACACAUUUGCUUCAAGGCAGCUAAAGCAGUGGCGCAACGAGCUCCCCCCAGAGGUGGUUAAACAGAUGGAAGAAAGGAGAGACUCAAUGUUGGAGACAGCAUCCCAGUGUUUCCAGGGGGCUUCCCGUUGUGAGGGUGACAGUGAUGAAGAAGAGUGGCUCAUUCACUACAUGCUCGGGAAGAUAGCAGAGAAACGCAAAAAGUCUCCUGUGGAAUAUCUGCAGCUUUACAAAAAGGCAGCCCACUAUCUGCAUGAAGAAGCUGCUAGGUACCCCCGGAAAAUCCAUUACCAUAAUCCUCCUGACCUUGCCAUGGAGGCCCUGGAGUUGCAUUUCCGUCUCAGCGCCACCACUCUAAAACUAUUAGAAGGGGAUGUUCCUGAUCUGGAACACGAGCUCUUCUUCACUUUGCUGGUUGAAGCCGCUACCGGGCCAUUUGCCAGGGGGGAAGAGAAGAGCAUGCCAAGCAUGCCUAGGUCCCUUGAAAAGGAGAAACCCCCCUCCAUGACGGAUGAAGACUUUAAUUGCUCGUCAGUUUGCAUAGGGAACGUCAUCGGCUCCCCGCGUCUGUCAGCUGCCACCCCAGGUCUGACAUCCCCGCCUUACGUGGCCACGCCGUUUGACCAUGAUUACGCCAAACGCAAAACACUCCGACGACAGCAGUGGCAGCAGCAGCGGCAUGAGGAGCAGCAGGCUGAUGGUUCAACAUUUUCAAGGGGAGUGGCAUCGAAUCUGUAUUCAGUUGUCAAGAAAGCCUCACCAGAGUUUGACCAUGAUUACUGCCUGCCCAGGUCUCCAAUGUGGCUGGCUUCACUGAAUGAACGCAGUCAGGACAGUGAUGUGGUGAUUCUCUCUGACUCCAACUCCACCCAGGAUGCCUUCACAGAUCCCACCAGCUCACAAGACAGCAGCCACAAACCUGCUUCUGGGAAAGCCAGUUCAUCCUCAUCAGAAAGUACCACCCCUGUGAAGGACGGACAGUUUGCAUCUGAGGACACAGUGUCACAUGGAGAACAUUCUGGCAUCCAGGCGGAAGAAAAAGUUCUCCAGGAAGGGGUAGAAGCUGUGGUGGUGACACUCCCUGAGUCUUCAGCCCCCAAGGUCUCUUCGGACCAUUGUUCUUAUCCUCUGCCUGUCCCAGCCACCCCUCCAAAGCCAGCCCACCUUCAACAGGCUGCUCCUCAAACCCCAGUCAGUGAAGGAAAAAGGAAGCCAGAGCCCCCCGCUGAGGUGAUCGAGGUGCCCAAGGCCCUGCCCACAGAGCGCGGCGACCAGAGACGUAUGCUGGUGCAAAUGUGUGUCCGUGCUCUCUUCCUCUGCCUCGGCCGCUUCCCUCAGCACUACAAGAGUCUCUAUCGACUGGCCUUCUUCUACACCAACAGCAAAACCCAUCAGAACCUACAGUGGGCCCGAGAUGUGUUGCUAGGAAGCAGUGUCCCAUGGCAACAGCUGAAGCACAUGCCAGCACAAGGACUUUUCUGUGAAAGAAACAAGACAAACCUGUUCAAUCAGAUUCUGAACCUCCCUUACACAACAGGAAGCAGGAAAAACAAGUUGUGUUUGCUUAGUAUGUUUACGGUGGACAGCUGGAGAGACACGACCCGAGUUGAAAGAGAGGAAAGGAAGAAGGGCAUCUGGCGUAUUCCAGUGGAUGAGAUUGAUCGCCCGGGAAGUUUUGCAUCUCAUAUGAACCGAUCCAUUGUCCUCUUGUUGGAGGUGUUGUCUCAGCUUAAGGAUCACGAUACUCUGGUGAAAGUCUCUUUUAUGCUGCAGAGAACCCCUGACCAGGGAAAGAAGUAUUUACGGGAUGUUGAUCGCCAGGUUUUGGCCAAGAGAGCAUUCUUCCUAACUGUAAAAGUCCUGGAGGACAAUCUGAACAGUCUCACAGGGGUGUCUGAGCAGCUUCACAAAGCGCCUGUGCCCUCCAUGGGGGAGAUGACCACAACAGACGCAUCCAACAGGCCCAGUUCGGAGGACAGCAAACAUGCUCCACCUAAGAAGCCUGGGAUCACGGAGGGAGCCUGUGCAACAGACAUAGGGCCCAAGGAAGCCUCCCAGGCACAACUCCCCCCUCCACCGUCAUCCGUAGAUAAAGGGAGUAAAGUUCAGGAAAUCUACCCUGGGAAGGUAGAGACUGCUGGCACGGAGGGACACAAAGCGGGGACAGAGGAGCCCAUGGAGAUGGACUCUGGCCUCUGGAGGAGGCCUUCUAUAACCACAGAUUCUCAGGGCAUCCAAGCAGAGGCUGAGACCUCCCUGAGUGUCGUGGAGCCCCAGCAGAAAGUGACUGACAGCAGCCGGACACCAGAGCUGUCUCUAGAGGAGCUAAGUAUCAGUUCCAGGCAGCAGCAGCUCCAAGCCUCGGCAACCAAGGUCACUGUGGCAGCCGGCGGGACUGAUCAGGGGAUACUACGGCGGCCAAACAGGAAAAGGAAGCUUCUUGAGGAUGUGGAGUCCGGAAAAACGUUACUGCUUGAUGCCUACAGGGUUUGGCAGCAAGGCCAGAAAGUCAUGACCUACGACCUGGCUCGCAUUGAAAAGAUCAUGUCAGAGACUUAUAUGCUCAUGAAACAGGUUGAUGAGGAUGUCGCUCUGGACCAAGCUGUGAAGUUCUGCCAGAUACAGUUGGCCACUUCUGCCCAAAGACAGUCUGCAGGCGAUGCCCCGACCACACCCAAGUGCACCAAGGACCACCGAGACGUCUUCUUCCCCGCCUCCCUGUCGUCACCUGUCCUUCUCAGCCACACUACCUGCCACCCGCUGUCCACCCUGGAGGGUCAAGCCAAAGUGGUGUUUGAGCCCCUGAGCAAGCUGUCCAGACCUCAAGCCUCAGGCUUCCACGAUCAGCACAGGAGAGCAGCUAGCCACCCCGCUGCGGCCAUGGCCUUCCUACCACACACAGAGGAGCGGGAGGAGCCCUCAGAGGGACUCGCGUACCGACAGCAGGAGUCGCACCUUUGUCAGCAGAUGAAACUCGCCACUGUAUCCCAAGGCCAAGAGUCAGCAGCAGCCUGGUUCCAGGAGGAAACCGCCACAUGUAGCACCGCACAACCUAGCCAAGACCAGCAGCAGUAUGCCAGCGAUGAUCAGUCUAAACUUCCAGACCCCAACCGAAUCCGCUCCCGUGUCCCACAAAACAUGCCAAAGCUUUUCAUCCCUUCCACCGUCACCAAGUUCCCACCAGAAAUCACAGUAACCCCUCCGACACCCACACUUCUGUCCCCGAAAGGCAGCAUCUCAGAGGAAACCAAACAAAGACUUAAGAACGUCAUCCUGUCAUCUCAGUCUGCAGCCACAGUCAAAAAGGACACUCUGAGCCAGCCGGCGCUGGAGGUGCAGGAGACAUCCAGCCAGGAGUCGUCUCUGGAAAGCGAGUCGGACGAAGAGGACGAUUACAUGGACAUCUGAGCCGCCGAAGGCCUUGUGUGCACGCAGAAACUGAACAAAACUUUUCGUCGCAACUUGGCGUCACCUCUGUGCCCUCGUACUUAAAAAAAAAAAAAAAAAAGAA